UUUAUGAAGACGGACAAUUCCUCCGAUUUAUCAAACGAUUGUGAUCAGCAUGAUAUCAUUCGACAGUGUCUGCACACCACGAAUUUCGGAGAACUCUUACUUUGGUCCCCAGAAGCCGCGGAGCUUCUCAGGCGGAUUUAUCGCAUUGUCGGUAGUGCCACUGCUCAGUCCAGAGGUACUCAACAGCAAACUCACCAUUCUUAUGGCACGUUCGGUCGCUUACCUGUUCUACUUAGUUUCGAGGAAUCUGUCCUGCUUCUUUCUCUGGGAAUCGUGGAAGGGGUGCGAUUGAGUACUUUUGCCCUUGAAGUCUAUUCCCCUGAGGUGGAUCAGCUUACUCCCGUGGCACUACUACAAAAGUGUUCACAUACGAAAGAAUCUCGCGUUUCUAAACAUGGUUUGGGGCGUUUGGAUUCGUGCGUCGAACUCAUGGAAGCAGGUGAUCACGGUGCACACGUAGCACUCAAAAAGAAGCGAGUGGAUGUUGUCUCUUAUGAAUCUGAAGAACUCAGUGCAGAUUGUUCGGUUUGUGCCACUGAUACACAACAUCCAAAUCAGCCAUUCGAUAAACCCACCAAACCUUCCGAUGUAUUCACUUUGGAGCGACCGCCGUGCAGCAUUCAGCCCGGCCAGCCGCCUUCACCUUGUAGGAGCAUUUCGCCGCCUGUUUCACUGCCUUUCACCAACAGGGCAUCGACUGACCCGAGUAAGGCACCAUUCGUCGUCUUACCCGAUGCGGACAGGUCUCUUGGUCUUCGCGGAGUGGUCGCUUGGUUGCGGCGGCAACUGAGUGCGUCCAAUACUUGCACUUCUCCCAUGUACAUCAACCCCUCGACCAUGCUGCUGCGCUCGCAAGUUUUUGCCGAUUUGUGGUCCAGAGGUAACUACUUAACUACAUCUUCCUCCAAAAUGUGCGGCGACUUCCUCGUUUAUCCAGGUGACCCCCUGUUGUAUCACGCGAGUCAUGUCAUUUGCACUUACGACGCUGAUGAGCCCAUACGUGCGUUUCAACUCGCGGCCAUGCUCCGAGUCUCAAAUAGCAUUCGGAAGACUCUAGUACUUGCAACGUGCGCCCAUGUGUUUGAAGAUGAGAAUCCUUCGGUGAACGGCGACAGCAUCUUAUAUACUUCAUUCCAGUGGACUUCUUUCUCCAGACGAUGAUCCUUCGUGUGCAGCAAAUACAUCACUCAUGCUCC